AUGGCUACCCCCAGUGUCCUUACCUUUGAUGCUGAGGGUCGUGCUGUUGACUUUGAGGUAUGGAUCGAUGACCUCCAGCUGUUCCUACAGUGCGAUAGGGCAGACGGACUCUCCCUGUUCGAUCUCACCUCUGUUGCCUCUCCUGCCCCGCCUUCUACUGCUGACAGCACUGUUCGCUCACAGUGGGCCACACGCGAUGCUGCUGCCCGCCUUGCUGUGCGUCGCCACUUACCGACCACUGAGCGUGCGCACUUUAGCCAGUACAAGAGUGCUAAGACCCUAUACAACGCUGUAGUUGCACGCUACUUCUCCCCUGCCACUGCUGCGCUUAGCCGCCUCAUGCUGCCGUACCUGGGUGUUCCCCCUCCCCCCUCUUGCCCUCUGUUGCUUCUGCUGCUGCGGCCGACCUCGUUGGUUUCGAGUCGGUCGGCGCUGCUUCUGCCCCUAGCGGGAGACGCCGCACUGGCAAGGGCAAGGGGGGCAAGGGCGCUGGAGGGGCUGGCGGGGGCGGUGGAGGUGGUGGUGGAAGCAGUGGAGGGGGUGGGGGUGGUGGUGGGAGUGGUGGCGGGGGUGGAGGUGUCGGUGGCAGUAGUGGAGGCGGAGGAGGCGGCAGUGGUGGCGGAGGGAGCGGAGGCGGCGGAGGUGGCGGAGGUGGCGGAGGUGGCGGAGGCGGCGGAUGUGGCGGAGGCGGCGGCGGCAGCAGUGGAGCUGGUCGUGGCUCUGCGCAGAGGAGUGGCUCCGGUGGUGGUCCGCGCCAGCAGCAGCAGCACAGUCGUGAGACCCUGUCCCCUCAGCAGCUUCGUGAGUGGUACGCUGCGAAGGUUCGCCUUUAAACACAGGAGAUAUAAGACACUGGAGAUAUUGGUGCUCAGAUCAGCUUGUCCUACAGCCAGUCUCAGGCUGUCAAGCUUCUCUCAUCAUCGCACAAUGGUGAAGCCGCGUAGCAACAAAGCUGGCAAGAAGACGGAGGAAGGUGGCCGCGGAAAGGAGCAUGCGGCGAACGUAACUGACGUACCUGUGCCUGACGCUGCUGACAAGAGUCGGCCCAGUUCACCAGCGACGCCUGCCGUGUUUGGUCCUUUCGAAGACCUGCUAGAUCUGCAAAACAAGGCGGAUAAUGCUGCUGACCCUGGUGACGGUACCGCUGUUGACGAGGCUGAUUCUGAAGGACAAGAUCAGGGCCCGGCGAAGGAAGGUGCUGCUGAUACGGGCAAUAAGGAUGAUGAAGAAGAGGACUUGUCUGAUUCGGUCCCUGGGGAUGAAGACGAUGGGUAUCUGAGCGAUGGCUCGGACGAGCACCUGGAACCUGCUUCGCUUUCCAGUGCUUUGGCUUUGAAUCGAUUCUCACUAACCUUGCUGGUGCCGAUCCUCAGGAAAGUGGAGGUUAAGCGCGCGGCUGUGACGAUUGCUGCGUUGUUGGAUGACUGGAAGGACCAGUUAACUCCGGAUGUGCUGCAGACAACGACCUACCAGGAGCUCACGGCGACCUUUUUCUCUGGCACACGCUAUGGUCGGCUGCAAGUCACGUUUAACCACGUCAGAGAUGCGAACUUCGUAUGGAACCAGGUCAUCAAGCAUGAGUGUGUGAAUGGGGACAUCAUCGAUCUUACCUGGCAGUUCCCUGAAGAUGCGCGUUUCCUCCGUAAACGCGUUCUGAACCCGUUGGCACAGGAGGUGGUGGUCAAGGGGGUGCCAGCCGAGAUCUCUGCGGAGCUUAUUCGCCAUCUGAUGGUGGUGUCAAAGCUGGUCAAGCAAGGCAGGAGUGCCUUCGCCAGUGGCUUUGGCUUUCACCGAACGCUGGACUCGACCGUGUGCGAGAAGGCACAGGGGAACCGGUUCGAACAAGCAGCGGCUCACGUUGCAUCUGCCAAGCACAAGGGGGGUCUGCGAACAGAAGGAGCGGCAACCCGCGCCAGCAAGCAUUCCCAGAAGAUGGCUGCUUUCAAGAAGGACUUCAUUGUCAAGCAGUCAGCGAAGUGA